AUGUCCGAUUGGGACAAUUUGGAAAAAUUGGUUGAAGCGAAUUCUGUCCCAAUCAAAAAAAUUGCCGCAUCAAAAGUAGCAAGCAGUCUUGAGGAGCAAAACAUCGUUUUUGCAAAAGAGGAUAAUGAUAGUGAUAUUGAAGAUGGAAUGUCUACAUCAAUUUCAAGCAAAAACGAUGUCGAAUCGGAGAAUGAGAAUGAGGAAGCUGGUGACAUUGUCAUUACUAAUGACUUCACAAUAGGUGAUGUGAAUUUAGUUGAAAUCUUAAAUCGUUUCAAUUCGAAAUAUGAUAAUAUAAUCUCCGAAUUUGCUGAUGUAGAAAUAUUUUUAAUAUCGCUGGAUGGAUUAUUAAUCGAACUUACAGCACACAGUUAUUUAAACUGGACAUUAGGUGGACAGACUAUCGUUGUUGCAAAACAAAUUGAGAUCCUGUUGAAAAAGCUUUCAAAUCUUGGUGGCAAAUUCAAAUUAAUUUGGUUUACGGAUUUGUCUACCAUCUAUGCCAAAGAUACAGUGCUCAACUUUUUGCAUAGUUUCGUUGCAGCUUACUUGCUUCAGUCUCAAUGGGCAGUGGAUAUUGAGCAUUUUAUCAAUCCUAGCGAUUUGCUUUGGUUGUCUUAUUUACACGAAUUGAUGCCUUCAUUUUUGAUGAUUGGAGUCGAUGAUGUAUCAGAAAAUGUGGUUGCAGAUACUGGGUUGGGUUUCAAGCAGCUCCUCGCUUCGAUAGCGCUUCAGGCACUUGCUUCGACUGUUCCCGUCGUUUAUUUCAAUGGUCUUGUCGUGAAUCUCUGCUCAGUUUACAGCCAUCGUGUUGAACCGCACAUAGUCGAUUUCAAAGGAUGGACCGAUUAUUUAUUCAAAUUGUGGACUGAAAAAAAAAGUGAAGUUCAGCGAAAUAUUGACCUAUCAAGUUGCAAAAGUGUUUCACAGCUAUGGGCUCUAAUCAUUAGAGAUUGUAAGAAAAGUGGUGGACUACCGAAAGAAUCCGACGCGUUGUCAUCUGCUGUGCUUAUUUCUUCAUUGAUUUGUGAACGCCGUGGAACAGAACGUCGAUAUUUUGAGGAAAAUAAGGCUUCGAAAAGAGGCAUCGAUUUUAUCAAAUUCCGAAGAAUAUUGCUUAGUUCCUGUGCUUCUUUACUGGAUACACUUGAUUUAAAACAACAUUCAUUAUCCUUUUCACUGGUUGAUCUUUGGGACGGUCUUUUGGUAACGGGAAUAUAUGAUGCUAUAAACUCAGGAGUAAAAAUUCUUCCUUAUCGUCUUCAACAAGAAUUAGCUCCUCUGCAUAAAAUCGCAUGUUUGGAGCUGUCUCUUGAAGUUGACGUAAAUGAUUCCUUAUUUGAUUUGGCUGUAAAAGAAAUGAGUUUUAAAAGGCUCUCACUUUUUUCCAUCAAUUCUGUAUUGCUGAAACGGUAUGCUCCAGAAAUGCUGAGCGCUAUUGCGGAUGAUUACACGGAAACGGCGGAAGAGCCAUCUACAUUCAAAGAAUUUUGGCUGCGUACUAAAUGGCGUCUUGACGCUAUUGAAGAACCUUAUACUAAACCCGAGGAACGACUUGAAAAUGCAUACCAUAUAAAAAAGCAAAACAAAGAUAGACAAAAACUUCGCAAAUGGUACGAAUUCUUCGCAGAAUCACUCGAAGGACGUGGAACUAGUUUGCUAGUUGAUUUCUCACGUACACCACGUGGAUUCGUUUUAAAAGUUGACGAGCAAACUGAUAAAAAGAAAGAGAAACAGCAGUGGCAACCAAAAGGCAAAGGAAAUGGCCCAAAAGGCAAAGGAGCUGUUAAAUCAAAGAAAGAAUUAAUUCUGGAAGCUAAUCGAAAUAAAAAGAAUGAAAAACUUGCGGAAGAUGAAAAACAAAUGGUUCGAUUUGCAAGGCAGCAAGGGAAGAAUGCGAUGUUUAUUUUGGAAAAUUUGAUGAACAAGCUCGAACUGGUCUCAUCUAGAGCCAUGUGUGCUUACCAGCAAUUGGUAAAUAUGUCAAAUGAUUUCAAUUGUUUGGAGGGACAAGAUUUUGUGGAGAAGAGAAGGAUUCGGGCGGUUCCUAUAAUCAGUAAAUUGAAGGAUCUGUUUACUGUGUAUUGGGAGCAUUUGGAUGAUAAGCAAAAGGAAUAUGUCACCGAUUUAUGGGUUUCUCUCGGUUUUGAAAAAAGCAAGAAGCCAACUGCUUUUUCUGAAGGGAGGUUAACGUUGAAUAUGAAUAUGCUGUAUUAUCAGUUGGCUUAUGGUGGUGAAAUUGUCGAUAUUCGUUCAGAUCCGCAGAAGGAUGAUCGCGUAACUGGUUUCCAACCAGAUGCGUGGCAGAGACGAAUGUUGGACGCGGUGGAUAAAAAUCACUCGGCUGUUAUAAUUGCUCCAACUUCUGCGGGUAAAACUUUUGUGUCGUAUUACUGUAUAGAACGUGUAUUGCGGCAAAGUGAUGAUGACAUGGUUGUCUACGUUUCGCCCUCCAAGGCACUUUUAAAUCAGGUUUGUGGUUCAGUGUACGCUCGUUUUCGUAACAAAACUUUAAGUGGUGGAAAGUCGCUUUUUGGGAUUCUUCUAUUGGAACACUUCGAGAAUCCAAUGAAUUGUCAGGUACUCAUCACCAUUCCGGAGUGUCUUGAAAAUUUGCUUUUGUCAACGAAUCCAGUCGUACAGACAUUGAUCGAUAAAAUUAAAUACGUCAUAUUUGAUGAAGUCCACUGCAUUAGUGCUUCCCCAGACGCUCACAUUUGGGAACAUCUUUUGCUUCUCAUCAGAUGCCCCUUCCUUGCCCUUUCAGCUACUAUCGGUAACGCAACAGUACUUCAUCAAUGGUUGCAGUCCGCCGAGAAAAGUAAAAAUAUGCGAGGGACACCUUUGAGAGAAGUUGAACUAAUAACGUAUGGUGAAAGAUACUCGGAACUGGAACUUGCUGUGCAGCGGAUUAAUCCGGCGACUGAUACAGCAAGUGGAAACGAAAAUGCUGUGAACUCGAUGAUUGAGUACUUUAUGCCAUACGGGGUAUACAAACCGGUGAAAUUGUCUAUGUUUGGCAUUCCCGGUGAUCAGCAGUUAACUGCGAGGCAAAUUCUUGAUCUAUAUCAUGCUCUUGCCGAAGUAGAUCCAAUAGUCAAGAAAGAAUUUGAACCGUGCUCAUUUUUCAAUUACAAACCUGGAGGCGAAAGGAUUUGGCUUACACGUGAAGAUAUCAGACGUCUGGAGGUUGCUCUAAAAAAUCGUUUUUUGGAAUGGCUUGAAAUAAAUCCAGAAAGAGCCAAUGAAGUUUUGCAUCAAAUUGGUAAAAAUGUCCAAAAUGAAUUAGACUUCAGGAGUAAACCAUUUGAUCAGCGAGCAGCAGCGAUGAAAAACAUUGCCCCACUGAUUUUGGAACUGCGUGAUAAGGAAUUACUUCCGGCAAUUUGUUUUAAUGAAGAUCGUCGGGUGUGCGAGAGACUGGCUCAGCAGCUGUUCGAUUAUCUUGAAAUGCAGCAGAAGGAGUUCGAAGCCAGUUCGGAAUACAAAAAAUAUGAAAUAAAAGAUGAAGAGAAAAUAGCGAAAAUGGUGAAAAGGAAGCGCGAUGUUGCAACGACAAAAGAGAAAAAAAAAUCUAAAGCUGCAGAUAAGUUUGAAAGAGCUGAAGUAGAAGAGCAAGAAUAUAACGUGCAGGAUACUGAUGAUUACGAUCCGUUUGCAGCGAUGAGACUACGUUUGAAUAUGGUUUUGGAAAGGUUCAAAUUACAUGGGCGGCAAUGUGAUGCAGAUUUGUACCAAAAAGUGACUGAAAGAUUGGCGAAGGACCGAUUAUCUGGACGAGAAACAACAAAAUUAUUGUUCAAGCUUUUUGAACGCGGUAUUGGCUUCCAUCAUCCUGGUUUGAAUUCUAAAGAACGUGGUGCUGUCGAAAUCUUAUUCAGAUCUGGUUAUCUGGCAGUCUUAUUUUCGACUUCAACACUAGCGCUUGGUAUUAACAUGCCAUGUAAGACGGUUCUCUUUGGAGUUGAUGAUCCAAAUCUGACACCUUUGCAGUUCCGGCAAAUGUCUGGCCGUGCAGGCCGUCGCGGUUUUGAUCAUUCAGGCUCAGUCAUUUUCAUGUCUAUACCAACUGCUAAGAUACGCCGCUUAUUAACAGCGAGUCUGUCGACUUUACGUGGAAAUUUACCGUUUACUACAUCAUAUAUUCUACGUCUUUUCGGCUACAUACACCAAGAAGACAGUGUUUUGAAUGAACUUCGUUCUGGAAAUCAAAAGAUUUCACCGUUUGAACUACGAUUACGCACCGCUUUGUCGUUUUUGACAAAUUCCUUUAUUCUGCAUACACGUGCCGAAUUGUCAUCAACAGUGCAGAAGCAGCUAAGACUGUACACACUGUUUGCUGUUCAAGUCUUGCGUUCCCUGAAUUUAUUGAACCAGAAGGGUGAAUUGAGCGGCCUGGCUUCUCUGGUAUGCCAUUUAUCAGCCAACGAACCGGGUAACCUUCUUUUCGCACAUCUUCUGCAGAAUGGUGUAUUCCACAAGUUGUGCGAAAAUAAAACGAUAUCGAGAGAGGAAGUAAAAAGUCAGUUGGUGCUUAUUUUUGCACAUCUAUUCACCAAUUUGCGUUUGCCAUUGAGUUGGAACCCGGACGACAAGAAUUCUUAUCCAUCAACAGGUGAAUCAGAGAUUUUCCUGAAGCCUUUGCCUGACAAUUGUGCUUGUCUGAUUAAACAGUAUGCUAACAAGGUGGAAAAUUUAUAUCGAGGAUUCAUGCGAUUGGCUGGUCCUAACAAAACUCUUCAGGGUGAGGUAUUCUCUCUAACAGGUUAUGCCGAUUCAUCAGUUUCAAUGUUUUCAUCGAAUAUUGUUCAUCCAUUCCAUGAUUAUUUGCUUUUUGACGAAGCAUUUAUGCCAGCUCGAUCGCCAAGUCCAGUUGAUCAUCGUGGUCGAAAAAUAUACUUGAAUGCGUAUGCAGUUGAUUUUUGGCGUCUAGAGUCAAAAAAAGCAUUGGAACGAGAUAACGGAAUUAGUGAAAAUAGAGUUUGGGGUCUAAUUAACAGUUUUGCAACUACUCUUAAUAAGAUCAGAGAUGCAUUGCUCUCUGUUGGUCAUUCCAGAGAUUCGUUUGUGGAAGUGAUGCUGGAGUUGGCCGUUGAAUACAAUAAAAAGUUUUAUGUUGCCUUUUCGAUGAAACAAAAAUCUCGUGUCACUUAUGGAGCUGCAGAGUGA